AAAAAAACAGCAAACACUCAAACGCACAGAAAGCUGUCAAACAGUUCGGUGAUAGAACUUUUAAUUCAUACAAACCUCAUCGCAAAUCAUUUGGCUGCUAGUGGCCUGUGAUGUGCAUAUAAAGUGUUGGGGUUGUUUUGUUGUGUUGAGAGAGAGAGAAAGAGAGACCAGACCAAUUGUGGGUGGUUGCGACAGGACAGGAACACCCCCCAGUCCGCAGAAGCAAUGGAGUCCAACAGUCGGCCACCGAUCGGUGGCGGGCCGGAAUCGUACGAGCGCAACACCAUCUCGACCAACACAUUCCAGAUCUGGGAAACGACCGUCCGGCUGGCACAGAUUCAAACGCUCAUCGACAAGGUCUGCCUGGCGACCUGUCCGGACGAGGCGAUGAUCUGCUUCCUGCAGGAGAGCGACGGCCAAUCGAUGCUGGACAUCAUCUCCGACGAUGAAGAGGAGGACGACAGCGAACCGCAACAGCUGCGCGGCAAGAACAGCCUCAAGCGCAUGAUACAGGACAUGUACACGCGGCCCCAGAUGAUCGGCACGGUCAAGAUGAUCCUGUACCACUGCCUCACGACGCUGGCGGAAAAGCUGACCCAGGACAUCAAGUUUCGGUCGGAGAAUGCCGAAUUCUUCGACGAUCUCGAGCUGGUGCUGAGCCGCAUGACGGACGAGGCGGCCGAAAGUACCAAGCGCGAAAUCAUGCAGUACUUGUCGAUAGCGAAGAAGCGGCUCGCCAAACGGAAACGGGUGCGCGAUCAGCACCAGCAACACCAGGAACAACGACAACAGCAGCAGCAGCAGCAGCAGCAACAACAAGCGCACCAGGAAUCUUCGUCGUCAUCAUCUUCUUCUUCCACUUCUUUCUCGUCCUCAUCCUCGACUAGCUCGCCCACGCCGGACAGUAGAAUGUUUCCACCCCAUGGGUCAUACUGUGGCAUAUCGCAGCCGACCAUACCACCAGCAGCAGCAGCCGUCCCAGGCAGCUCCGGGUUCUUCCCGGCCAAUGACACCGCACCGUCACCGUUCCUUAAAGUGCCCAAUCCACCGUACAUCAAGCAGGAGACGGUCCCGGUGGGCGGAGAAUCGGUUAUUCCGGGUGGAACGGUAACACCGCCCGUCAACUACAGCCAGGAUCAUCAUCAUUAUGGCACGGCGGGGAGUUACGGCGAACCGGGCGAUGUGGAGAAACCUCCCCUGUUCUAUCGCAAAGCGUUUGACAUGCCGUACAUGGCGACACCGUACGUGCAGUCCCAUCUUGCGCAACAGUUUCCUCAACAUCUUCCCUCACAUCCUAACCAACUGCCGCCUCACCAGCACCAUGCAGUACACAGUCAGCCGGUUCCUCAUUUCCAACACCAACAGCAGCAGCAGCUCCUCCACCACCACCAGCAGCCACUUGCGCCACUACCUACGAUCGUGCCAUCCGAUAUGCAUUCACCACAGCAACUUGGACCGGAGCAGUUACAGCGAGCCCAGCCACAGCAACAGCACCAACAGCAACAGCAUCCGUCGAGCUUCCACGACUACUUUGACCACCUGGAUCCUUCCUCCCUGGAACCGUAUGCGUACGUGCUUCAAAAGCCUGCCCCGCCGGCUCCACCGAUCCAGCCCAGUGAAACUGGUUCCCCGCUGCCUGCCUCAUACCCGACCGCCUCGCCAGUUGCUCCACCAGCAGCAACACCUUCCCCGUACACCCCGCUGUGUGAGCCGCCGGACAGCAGCAAGGUACGCUUCAAGUGUGAAACCUGUCCGAAAUCGUUCGACACGAAGCAGAAGCUGGAAAAGCACAACCGCACCCAUCAGCCGAACGGCGGGGGUGCGGCCGGGCUCGAGUUUAAAUGCCGCAUGUGCGACAAAACGUUCCGCACGAAGAGUACGCUCAUCUGCCACGAGAAGGUGCACGGCGAGAGUGGCCUAGGCAGCAGCUGCUCCUGCGUCGAGUGCGGCAAGGUGUUUGCGACGGAGGAAAAGCUACAGGUGCACCGGCGGCUGCACACGGGCGAUAAACCGUACCAGUGCAAGGUGUGCCUGAAGUGCUUCAACCACCAAUCGAACCUGAUCGUCCACGCGCGCAUCCAUGACAAGGUGAAGCAGGCGCUCAAGUGUGCCCGGUGCAGCAAGGUGCUGGACAGCGAGGAGCGGCUCGCCGUCCAUAUGCGGCUGCACACGGGCGAAAAGCCGUACAAGUGUUCGUACUGCGACAAGCGCUUCAAUCACAAGAGCACGGUCAGCACGCACGAGAAGGCGGCCCACAUUGCGGCCAACUCGUACCGGUGUGGCCGCUGCCACAAGACGUUCAACCAGAAGUGCCAGCUGCAGUACCACGAGAAGCUGCAGGAGGAGCACACGAUCGCGUGCGAGCACUGCGAGAAGGUGUUCUGCUACAAGGCGAGCCACAAGGAGCACCUGUUUAAGGUGCACUUCCCGCGGCCGAAAAAGAAAGCGCAGCGGAAGGGAGGAAGUCUGCGGGAAGGAGAUGAACAGCAGCAGCAGGAAUCGGGCACUGGCGGUGCAAUGGCUGGAAGCAACGAUGGGGGUAAUCAGGGCCGGAACAAGUUCAAAUGUACCGUGUGCGAUCGUCGGUUUUACUACGAGCGGGCGCUCGAGAUGCAUAUGGGCGUGCACGAUGCAUCGCGGGACGUGAACGUGCUGUACUUUUCCUGCGACUACUGUCCGGAAACGUUCACCGAGGAGGAGACGCUGCAGCAGCACGAGGCCCGCCACGUGGCCGACGGGACGACCGAUUUCCGCGCAAAUAUGAAACGGGCCGAGGAAGAGGGAAACGCCACCACCGGGCACAGGUGUCCGCUGUGCUUUAAGCAGUUUGAGGAUGAACCAUCCUUACGCGAACAUCACCGUUCGCACCUGUGCCCAUUUCCCGACUGUGCGCGGUGCGACCCAGUACGGCGUGAUGAUGCGUUCGACCUGACGCGCAGUACGUACGAUCCGGCGGACGAUACGCAACCGACGGUGUGUAACGUGUGCCAUCGCGUACUGCCAACGUUCGAGGCGUACCAGAACCACUUCCACUACCAUACGUCGCGCGUCCCGUUCUACUGCUACCACUGCCGGGAGGAGUUUAACGACAAGCGGGAGCUGUACAACCACACGCGGACGCAUGCGCCGCGCGCACCCGAAUCGUACACGUGCGAGGUGUGCGCGAAGGUGUUCUCGACCAAGGGGAACUUUAAGCGGCAUUUGAAAUCUCACGAAGCGGUCCGGGCGUUCGCGUGCGAUCGCUGCUCGAAGCAGUACGACUACAAGAGUGCGCUCGAGGUGCAUCUGAAGCGUUCGCACGGUAUUGAGCUGUGA